CUCAGUGUUUUGUUAUACGUUUUAUGUAUUUGCUUCGCCUUUGUUUAUUUUAUGCAACGUUUUUCUUGUGUUUUGUAUUUUGGAUAUAGUGCAUUUGUCGUAAUUUGUGUGCGUAAGUUUCUUGCUCGUUAGUGCGAAGUAUCUGUGCCGUGUGUGUACUAAGUCUAAAGGUGAAGUUCUGGGAUUUUUGUGUUUUAGUAAGUAUUGGUUUUUCGUAUGAGUUUUCUCUUGUUUGUAAUGUAUUGGCCGUUUGGCAAUAGGCUGUCUGGAACGUAUAUAUGUUGUAUGUUGUAUGUGUUAUUUAUUCUUUAUAUUGUAUUGGCCGUUUGGCAUGAGGCAUUUUGUAGUUUGGUUUAAUUUCUGUUAUUUUAUAGCUACGUAGUUUGUAACUUGUGGCGCCGUAGAUUAGUGGUUAUAGCUCUCGUACUCUGUGCGGGAGACCGGGAUUCGAUUCCUCUUGACGGCAAUUCAACAUGGGCGAGUGAAUGUUACCAUAGCCCCGGGUUAACCCAAGCCAUGUGAGGGAAAUUGGGAAGAUGGCACACUGUGUGGGCCGUUGGAUGUUGCCGGGAGUUGUCUAGUAGAGCGCGGGCCCUAAUUGGGUCUGCGUCGCUUAAAAUGAGCAUUAAAUACUCUAGGACUCUCCAUCUAAGCCAUGACCCCUCCUGGAAAUAAUAGACAGGGUAUAUCCCUCGAUAUUUGUGAGGCUAGCCAUGUAAAAUAUGCACAUCUAUCUAUCUAUCUAUCUAACUUAGUUUUUUUGUUUUUUUUGUGGCGUCACGAGUGUGGAAUAAAUGUUGAAUCUUGAAUCCACUUUGUGUCAGUAAACCCACAAAUUAUCUUAAUUUGGUCAAUUCAAAAAAAAAAUUUCUAGUGAAACUGAAGAUAUCUAUUGUGUGCGAUUCAUGAGAAUUCUUGACAUUAAAGUAGUUUCGCAAAUUUCGCAAAUUUUUUUUUCAGAUCAGUCAAUCAAUGCAGCAUAUCACAUAAUAUUAAACAAUCAUAUCUUAUGGCAUCUAUUUAUCGAAAUGUCAUUUCGAUAUCGUUCGAAUCAAGGUUCUAGUAGACAAAUACAGCAUACCCGUAUUGAAAAUGGAUCUGACAUUGAGGUGUUAUAUGCAUUUGGAUCACUUCUUGGUAAAGGAAGUUUUGGCACAGUCACUGAAGCUAUAAGAAAGACGGAUGAAACAGUGUGGGCUGUAAAAGUUAUCAAUAAGGAAAAAGCUGGUACCUCUGCUGUGAAACUCCUGGAGAGGGAGGUUGCAAUCAUGAAAAAGGUCAAUCAUCCCAAUAUAAUUCAUUUGGAGGAGGUUUUCGAAACAAACAGUAAAAUGUUUUUGGUGAUGGAGCUAUGUGCACUUGGUGGUUUAGAAGAGCACCUACUAUCGAAAGGAUGUUUGCCUGAAAAGGACAUAUUGUGUAUUGUGCAGCAACUUGUUGAUGCUGUGGCCUAUAUGCAUGAGAAUGAUAUAAUUCACCGAGAUUUAAAGUUGGACAAUAUUUUGCUUGCUAAGCCGGAAAACGAUGCAACAUUCAACAUAAAAUUAACCGAUUUCGGACUUUCCUAUACACGUGGAGGGACAGGAAGCGACUACAUGAUGAAUCAAAUGGUUGGCACGCCAAUUUACAUGGCGCCGGAAGUGAUCACAAAUUAUGGAUAUAGUCAACAAUGCGAUAUAUGGAGCAUAGGAGUUAUCUUAUAUAAAUUGCUGAGUGGUGAUUCUCCGUUUAUGGCAGAUACUGAAGAAGAGCUGUUUGAACUUAUCAGGAAAGGCAACAUCAAUUUUGAAUCACCAGUUUGGAGUACAGUAUCACAAGCAGCGAAGCAGUUAGUCGAAGCCAUGUUGAAAGUCGAUCCAGCACAUCGUUUAACUUCGAAAGAGAUAUUAUGCCAUCCUUGGAUAAAAGGAGAACAAGAUGUGAAAGGCAACGUAACUACUAACGUGCUCGAAAUGAUGAAACAAUACAAUCUUGAACAAAAACAGAUUGCAGAAAAACAACGAAAGGAAACAAACAAUAACUUAACUAGUGAUAUAGAACUAUCAAAUUCAUCACAAGCACGCGCAAGAUCAAGCCUAACUCCCUGCAAAAGUCUUGUAAAGAAGGCACUUUCCUCAACUAGCAUUGCUCUAUCACCGUGUCAUAAGGAAAGUGGUAAGCCUUCUUCAGCAACUUUAUCUCCCCGACCAAGCGAGAAGACAGGAAUCAUCAAGAGCAAUAGUGUACCAAGCUAUAUGCAACGUACGAAAAGUUCAAAAGGUUCAAAAUCGCUAAAUACAAAGCUUAGUGCAAAGAAAUAAUCAGUGAUUGUUUGUCACGCGCUCCUUUAAAUUUGAUGGGGAAAAGUUGGCUUAUCUAGUACUGUAUAUUUUGCAGAAUAGUGUAAAUAAAUAACCAUUUGCUA